UGAAUCUAUCUAUCCACAUACACAACUUUUAAUGUUUUUUUUUUUAUUUGUUUCUGACAUCAGGAUGUGAUUCAUUUGUGCAAUUGUUUCUUUUUUUCUUUUUUUCUAACUCCUCACCAACCAAUUCUGUUGCUUCAUACCUCUGGCCUUGGCUGCAAAAUUUUCGUCUUAAAGCUGUGAACCCACCCAGUUUGUCAGUCCCAACAUUGAUAGCCACGCUCCCACGCCUCCAUUGUUGCUGCAGUGCACAAAGGUUGAAGCUCAUUCAUGACUGGAAACGUUUAGGGUUUUUAAGUCUGUGGAAAAUCGGGGUUUUGGAAGACCCCGAUGAGCAUUCAAGCUGCUUGAAGAGGGCCCUAAUUAGUAAUCACGUCGUCCAUAGUUUCAAUGUGUUGUCGCUUUCCUUUUUUCGUUUUUUUUUUCCCUCUCUGUGUUUCCAGAAGCCCCAGAAUUCAUGUCCUCACAUGAAUGCAGGUGCGGGACAAUUAUCAUUGAACGGUCAGUGAGAUCGGAGGAGCCAGUUUUUUAUAGAAUUUACUGUGUACCACCUGAUUUUUACUACUCGUAAGCUACGUUUGUACGUUGUUGAGCUGAUCAUAAUGCUUCAUACGGAGGAGUAGCAGCAAAGUCUCGGCUUGGUGAUGUAGUGUGGGUGGAUUAUGUACCAACGUUUUUGCAUACAGAAAUGUUUCCAAUACCGCACCAGAAGGCGAUGCUUUGCGAAGCCCUAGCCUGUGGAUGUUUUACGAAGCAAUGUUCUACAGAUGCAUACUCCCGGAUUGCACACACCUCGUUUUCGUUCUGGCACCUGCAAUUACUGCUACAGCAACACCUGAACCCUUCAAUGUGCACGAUGAGCCUGGUGUGAUCCUUCUGUUUAACGACAACAUCGUUCUCACUUGUGGGUUGCAGAGUGACCUCUCUCCUUGGAUGGAGGAUUCCUUUAUUGAAAGCCUUCACUGCUGUGUCGGUCUCUCCCAACGGAUUUUAGUUCACCGCCAUGUCUGUGCUGCAAUGUACACUAUACGGAGCUUCGUUACAAUCUGUUCGGCUAUUACGCUUUGAAAAGAGAAUACAAUUCUUGUGGGUGGGAAGUUUACUAGUAGGGAGUUUGAGUGCGAAACUCGCUAACUGCCACCGGCAGAUGCUGCGUCGAUUCCUUGCGGUUUAGUCUUCAACGGCUAACGGACUCGCUUUCUGUGGCUUACUACCUCCCCUCGUCCCCCUUCUUUUGCCACUAGGCGCUCAAACUUGCAUCGGUUAAUGGGUCGAUUUGGUUGUAUCUCUUCAUAAAGCUACCUUGAGCUCUAGCGUCGGUUUGCAAGGACAGUCUUUCGCUAAUUGAACAAAACCAAAUAACUUUCCUGAAGGCGCGGCAGUGCAUUUGUCACUUCUUGUGAUCCGUCUACCGCUCUCCACAGCACAAUGAGAGAAAUUUUGCACAUUCAGGGUGGACAAUGUGGCAAUCAAAUCGGUGCAAAGUUUUGGGAAGUAAUCUGUGACGAACAUGGGAUUGACCCAACUGGAACUUAUCAUGGAGACUCCGACUUACAACUCGAACGGGUCAACGUUUACUUCAACGAAGCAAGUGGAGGCCGUUACGUCCCCCGAGCUGUGCUGAUGGAUCUGGAGCCCGGCACCAUGGACAGUGUUCGGUCUGGCCCAUAUGGCCAGAUAUUCAGACCUGACAAUUUCGUGUUCGGACAGACAGGCGCCGGGAAUAACUGGGCGAAAGGACAUUACACCGAGGGUGCAGAACUCAUCGACUCCGUUCUGGACGUAGUUCGUAAAGAAGCAGAAAGCUGUGAUUGCUUGCAAGGUUUUCAAGUAUGUCAUUCAAUGGGAGGCGGCACAGGGUCUGGAAUGGGCACUUUGUUGAUAUCCAAGAUUAGGGAGGAGUAUCCUGAUCGAAUGAUGGUAACCUUCAGCAUUGUGCCGUCGCCGAAGGUGUCGGAUACUGUUGUGGAGCCUUACAAUGCCACCCUCUCCGUGCAUCAGCUCGUGGAAAACGCCGAUGAAUGCAUGUGUCUGGACAAUGAAGCGCUCUAUGACAUUUGUUUCCGAACUCUGAAGCUCACAACACCCACUUUUGGUGAUUUAAAUCAUCUCAUCUCGGCGACCAUGAGUGGUGUCACUUGUUGUCUCCGUUUCCCCGGUCAAUUGAACUCCGACUUGCGCAAAUUGGCUGUAAACCUAGUCCCUUUCCCCCGGCUCCAUUUCUUCAUGAUCGGUUUCGCACCUCUCACUUCGCGAGGCUCCCAACAGUACCGCGCGUUAACAGUCCCCGAGCUCACGCAACAAAUGUGGGACGCCAAGAAUAUGAUGUGCGCUGCAGACCCUCGCCAUGGCCGCUACUUGACAGCGUCCGCCAUGUUUCGGGGACGAAUGAGUACCAAAGAAGUUGACGAACAAAUGCUAAAUGUACAGAACAAGAACUCCUCUUACUUCGUGGAGUGGAUACCCAAUAAUGUGAAGUCAAGUGUUUGUGAUAUCCCUCCCAAGGGCCUAAAAAUGUCCGCAACGUUUAUCGGGAAUUCCACCGCAAUCCAGUUGCAGGAAAUGUUCAAACGUGUAAGCGAGCAGUUCACGGCCAUGUUCCGAAGGAAAGCUUUCUUGCACUGGUACACUGGAGAAGGAAUGGACGAGAUGGAAUUCACGGAAGCUGAAAGCAACAUGAAUGACCUGGUUUCUGAGUAUCAGCAAUAUCAAGAUGCAUCGGCAGACGAGGACGGAGAAUUCGAGGAAGGCGAGGAAGAAGCUUGUUAGGAUGGGCUAUCCUUACACACGAUAUUAGUACAUAGUAGCAGUGGUAUGUACAGUUCGCACUUUUAGGUAAGGUCUAAGCGAAUUCGUAGCCACGUAGUUUUGCACUAUGUUAUUCCAACACCGGUGGGAGCACAAGCUUUUCUCACACAUCAGGUUUAAAGGUAACAUCCUUGUUUGUGUACCCUACGAGAAAUAGAAACAAUGUUACAGCUA